CGUUGUCAACGUGUUGCCCGGGACGGAGGAAGCGCCGGCGAAUCUGGUGUGUGGUGUCUAUUUCGCUUUUUGCGUUUCUUCGAUUCCUCCUCCAAACAAUCAAGAAAAAGAUAAACAAAAAAAAACACACACAAAAAUGGCGAGAGAGAGCGCUAUGAAAUUAUCGAAAAACCUGCUGAAAAUGAAGUUUAUGCAGAGGAGUUUGGAUACAGAAACUAAGAAACAAUUGGAAGAAGAAGAAAAGAAGAUAAUUAGUGACGAGCACUGGUAUUUGGAUUUACCAGAAUUGAAAGAAAAGGAGAGUCAUAUUAUUGAAGAAAAAAGCUUUGUGCCUUGUGAAGAAAUGUUGUUUGGCCGAAUGUCUUUUAAAGGUUUUAAUCCAGAAAUAGAGAAACUGGUUGCACAGAUGUAUUCCCAGAAUGAAAAUGAAGAGCCUGAUGAAGAUGUUAAGAUGGAGGUAGAUGUAUCCGAUGUAGAAAUGGCUAGGAGAUAUGAAAGCUUAGUGGGAACCAUAAAAAGGAAGUUUACUAAAAAGAGAGAUCGAUCGGCUAUUCAAACUGAAGAAACAGAAGCUAGCAGCAGGGGUGGUAAAUGCAAGAAGACAUUCAUUAAGCCUCAGGAAUAAAUAACACAAACGUGUCUUUAAAUAUUUCCCUACAUAUGGCAAUGAACUUCCUAUCUGAAACUCUGCAGCAGCUGGAUGUUUAUUGUAAUUAUGGAAAUAUGAUCUUUUGCAUACUAAAAUUAGAAAGUAUUACCACUUGCUGCAAUGAAAAUGUUUUCUGAAGAUAAAUGGAUUCUGCUGUUUCCUUGUAUUGAACAAAUACUGAUCAUUCUUGAUUACGUUUCUGCAACAUGUCAUAUGCACAAGUAAAAUUCAGCUCACUUGUGCUCAAAGUUGACUUGAAGGAAAAAAAAGUCCUGGGACAAAAUCAUAUUAAGUAUAUGGUGGUGCAAACUUAAUAUAUUUAUCUUUUACAGGUAUAAAAACCAAUAUAUAAUUUGCUUUGUUUCUUCUGCUAGUAAUACCCUAAUGUGCUGCAAGUAUAAAUCUUGUUUUUAUGGUGGAGCAGAUUAUCUUAUUCUGCACCUGUCAGGGAUCUUUUCUUCCCAUGUCCAUUAGAAGCAUUAAAAAAAUCAGUGAUUUGGCGAUGUUAAGGUUUUUAUACCGCACCCUCCAUAUACUGGCUGAAUCGUUUCAAGUGUUCCUGAGACUUGAUGCAUACACUUCGUGUUCAUCAGCCUGUUUGUCUGUACCAAAGUAGAGGUUGUGAAUUUCCUCUAAGCUCAUUGUCCAUUGAGUUUUGUUUUUUGCCAAAUUCCAAUUUUGUUCUUGGCAAAACUGAGAGUAUAAUCUGUUUUGGAACUGCAGCUGUAUUUCAUCAUUUACAGAAAAUGCAGUACAGUGAGUAAGUAAUUAUCCCCUGCCUUGAGUUUGAUUUAGAAAUUAAAGUCUUAUUUUAUUAAGUACAUUUUUAAUAUUCAAAAUUAUUGAAAUCCUUUAAGACAAAGUCUAGAUACUUACUUUAUUAUAACUUAUAACUUCAUAAUUAAUAAAAGUUUUAUAGAGUAGAUUUGGAAGGGACAUUCUAUGAGGAGAAAAUAGAAAUAAAGCCAAGAUUAUUAGAUCUGAAAUUAAGUCUUAUUCUAGCAAACCAGACUCUCUUCUGAAACAUUCUCAUGGGGAGGAGUAAUGAUUUUCUUUACAUUUCCAAAAUAUACAUUUUUUUUACUCAUAUUUUGACAGAAGAUAUUUCCAAUUGCAGCUCCACACAAAACCACAGAGCAAAUAUGGCCUGCACCGUAGAUUUUGAUCAAAUUGUAUCCUCAGGUCAUCAAAUUAAAUAAUAAUCUCAGAGGUUUUGAGAAGUAUGUCAGUUUUGCAUAUUGCUGCCACCACCACCAUUCUACUGUUCCAAUGAAUAUGCACAAUAGUCAAAUCAAAUUAUUAUCCCAGUGGAACAGCAGCAACAGAAGCUCCUACUGCCAACAGAUGGAAGAAUGAACAAUCUGUGUGCACAUCUGUGAUUUGCAUUUUGCCACAGGAAAUGUGGUUUUGUUGCAUGUCGGACUUCAAAUGAGAUCAAGUAAGCCCAACAAACUGUGGUGACAUGUAGUUGCAUGCUAAAGUCAUGCAGGUAUACUGACCAAAAAAGUGAAUGAAAGUCCGGUGGAAGAAAUCAGACUCCAUUUAUGGAGCCAAAUCCUGGUGCCUCGCUGCUUGGCUUUCGGAAUAGGAAACAGAGAAACUUGCUUGAAUUUUGAACAUGACUUUGGUAUAUUUAAAGCUUUUUUAAAAAAACUUCUUUUCAAUCUUUACUCUUUCAUGGAAUGUGGAUGAUGCUGGUAAGACCAGCAUUUGUUGCCCGUUCCUAGUUUCCUGAAUGACUACCUUGCUAGAUCAUUUCCGAGAGCAGUUAAGAGUCAAAUGUUGGAUAACGGGUCAUGUGUAAGCUAGAUCAGGUAAGAUUUCAUUCCCUACAAGAUACUAAUGAAGCAAACGGAUUUUUAGCA